AUGGUCAUGGACCGUAUCUUGUCCCACUCGGUGUCUCCGAGAACUUCCGGCAGGCUCUCACACAGCAGCGACCUACUCAACGGUUCACUCACCGACAACACACCUAUUUCACCGUCAGAGAUCCAGGACAUUAAGGUAAAUCUAUUGUUAGUAUUAACUCUAGGGUCUUGGCCGGAGACGCUGUUUGAUUCCUCCCUGCUUGCUCCGGUGAACGAAUUUGAGAUCAGUGAGCCAUUUCGCGGCGAUCAAUUCCGCCGCCGUGGCAACGAACCCAGAUCCCACGCUGCUGAGGCACGUCCAGCGCCGUUUCUUACCAAUUUGGAAAAAUUGGACUUGGGUUUCAGUUCAGUCCAGGGCGAAAUGCCUUCGCCUGAUAGCUUGUUGCAGUCAAGGUCGUUGAAGUACUUGGAUUUGGAAGCUAGUGAGGCGGGUCUGGUCUCUGGUGCGGCCGCGACCUGA